UGAGGGUAAAUGAUUCAAGUUCAAAGUUUUCUCUUUGAUAGUCGACAAUGUACGCGCGGAAUAAUUUUCUAAACUCGUACGAUUCGUAGAUAACAAGAUUAGUUACAUGUGGAUUGUGGUGAUAUGUGAUCGUGUUUAAACACGUGGGAAUCACAAUGUUUAAAACCUUUUGGAAUACAUUUAUGAACUUGUCCGUGGCCUUAGGCAUAGAAUGGGCACCCAUAAAUGUACCAAUUUCACGAAGGCUUCAGACCCUGGCGGCCACUGGAUGGAUCUGCCUCGUACUCUUCAGCGAAGCAGUUGCUAUACUUCUAUUCAUUAAAAUUAUUUACUCUUCAUAUUGGUACUUGGGCUUGUUGUAUGGAGUGUGGAUGCUAAAUGAUAUCGACAUUUGUCAUAAAGGAGGACGAACAAUCCAAUGGGUGCGAAACUGGGCGUGGUGGCGUUACUAUAGAGAUUACUUUCCAAUUAAACUUGUGAAAACCGUUGACUUGGAACCAAAUAGGAACUAUCUCUUCGCGUGCUUUCCACACGGCGUUGUCUGCUCCGGGGCUUUUGGAGCAUUCGCAACAAAUGCUCUGGAUUUCCACAAAGUUUUUCCUGGCCUGAGUUGCCAUAUGAUUACCUUGGCUGGGCAUUUCUUGGUUCCCAUUUUCCGGGAACUGUUACUAGCGUUUGGGACUUGUUCGUCUUCAAGGGAAAGUUUGGAGUAUCUGUUGGAUGUAAAACGCAAUCAAGGAACAUGCGUGUGUCUUAUUGUUGGUGGAGCAGCUGAGGCUUUGGAUUCACAUCCUGGGGAGUACAAAGUGAUUUUGACCAGACGAAAAGGUUUUAUUCGGGUUGCUAUGAAGUCCGGAGCAACCAUAGUUCCAGUGUUCUCCUUCGGUGAAACAGACGUGUUCAGACCCCCUCACAAUCCCCAGGACAGCUUCCUACGCAAAUUCCAGGAGAAGGUGCGUCAGGUGACUGGCAUUUCACCAAUGUUUCCUAUUGGAAGAGGACUCUUUCAGUAUUCAUUUGGAGUUCUACCGUUGCGAUCACCAAUUACCACUGUCGUUGGUGCACCUUUAGAAGUUGAAAAGAAUCUCGAUCCAACAGACGAAGAAAUUAACGCCUUACACGCUGAAUUCACAAAACGACUGAUUGAUCUCUUUGAGACUGAAAAACCUAAGUAUUUGAAGAACCAUGAGAAAAUAUCAUUAAUUAUCACAUAGUAUUUUUUAAUUCCAGUUUAUUGUUACCAACAUAUCAAAAUAUGAACUGCCAACACCGGAAUAUAAUAGAUUAAUAAGAAUAAUUCAACUACAAGCAAAUUUAAUCAUGCAUAAACCAUGUAUCUGAUAUACUUGAUAUUAAUGAUACUUAGAUAGUUUUUUGUUUUCCAUUGUAAAUUCAUUACAUAUGGAAUUGAGUGAAUUUUAUUCAAUUUUGAAAUUUUAUGAAGUAUUUUUAAAGUGGAAAUACUUUCGCAUUUAUUAAAUUAGAACUAGGUAUUGAGAAUAUUUCGCGUUCGAAGACAUAGGGUAUAUAUUCCUGGAUAUGAAUGGAAUUGACAUUCGGAAGACUGUCUCGACACUGAACCUUGCCGUGGUUCAACCCCGCGAUAUCUGCUCUUGGCAUCAGGGCACUGAAAAAAUUGCUAUUCGACAGGCGUGGCCCUCUAACGCUGAAGGAAUAUCUAUGGGGAUGACAUUUACUCACGCUUUGUCACGUGACCAUUUUCAUACAAAUUCGUUUGGCGGUAGUGGGUCACGUAUAUCGAAAAGUAAUUUUGUCUUGAGUAAGUAUACGUUACCAAACCAUCUGUAUACAGGAUAUACUUUAUAUGGUUUAAAUUGUGUAGAGUUUAUAAUAUAUUAAGAGCCAAAGAGACACUUAGAGUAAUUUUAUUCAAUAAAUUUUUGUAAGGUACAGUUUUUUCAUAUACAUUUUCAAAUUAAAAUAAGUAUUGAGAUAUUAUUAAUUACAUAGUUAUUAUUAUUUUUCGUUAAAUAUUAUUUCAUUUAUAUGAUGAUCCCAGAUUAUUGUACUUUGUUAUUAUUUUGAUAAGUGUUCAUAAAAGUUAUCAGUACUGAUAUAACUUUACGAAUAUUACUAGCAAUAAAUUAAUACUUUUUUGGAA